CAACAUUUAUCCUAUCAAGUUUUGGACUUGCUGCGUGCAUUUGACAUUGUUCAUCAUGCGUCUGCUCCUCCACUUCAGCGUGUUGACCGUGCUGUGUGCCAUUUGCUGCGCUCAGACCAAGCCGCGGGCAAUUGUUACUAUUAUAACAAAGAUACCAAUUACGUCGACAACCAAGAAGACAACAACAAGGACGACAACAAGGACGACACAAAAGGCGUUACCGACGAUAACAUCAACAACAAAGAGAACAGAAGGGACAACGCCAGCAACAAAGUCGACACCAAAGGCGUCACCGACGACAACAACAACAAAGAGAACAGAAGGGACAACGCCAACAACAAAGUCGACAACAAAAACGACCAGCCGGCCAACAAAAUCUCCGUGCUGGGAACUACAAUAUGACCUUGCGCUGGUGAAAAAUUCAUGCUACGAGCCAACAUUAAGUUCAGUCUUUGGUGAUAAUGGCGACGGCUCCUUCGAUGCUGCCUUCAAAGAAUGCGGCGGAAAUGACGAGACGCUCUAUUAUUUGACUUAUUUCAAGUUGAAUGAGUUCUAUGAUCAAAAUAACAACUUCAACCUGAACAACACAAAUCCAGACAAAAGGCUGCUGGCCCAGGAGGAAAUCUUAUUUUGCAUCUUUCAAAAACUGGGAAUUGUUGAUUCCAAAAAAACGUUUACUAAUGACGAUGCAGCAAACUCGAAAGCAAUAUCUGUUUCUAUAAAGAAAUUCCCAUACUGGUACUCGAUUUGGAACUGCCUUCACAGACUUUGCAACAAACUCGUUUAUAUCAACGUGGGUUGGAACAUUAGAAUUGUCAUCUACAUUCGCUGCUACAUCUGGUACAUGUACAUGGACUAUAUCGGUUGGCCGAUUUUGAAAAGCAGAGCCAUUCCGGAGGGUCUCACUUGGCAAAAUAGCACGGUCUGCAAUGAAACCCUGUCAGGGAUGUACUCGUGCAAUAAAGGGUCCUCCUUCAACCAAGCCUUCCCAACUUACUAGAAGUUCGACGGACAUGUCACGGCGUCAGCUGAAUUCACAAUUAUUCGUUGGAUUUGACUAAAAAGAAAAUAAUUUUGUGUGCGCACCUUCGAAGAUAUAAUAAUCAGAUUGUUUGACUUCAAUAAAAUCACUUUUAAUUGGU